AUGAACGGGAUCGUGGGCACGGCGCCGCAGAGCACCACGUACGUUCGUGCAUUGUACGACUACGAGGCGGACGACAGGACGAGUCUGAGCUUCCAUGAAGGAGAUGUGAUUCAAGUUAUCACACAACUCGAGAGCGGGUGGUGGGAUGGUGUGAUUAACGGCGUCCGUGGCUGGUUUCCUAGCAAUUAUUGUCAGCUCAUCACCAGCCCGGACGAUGUCCCUGACCCGAUUUCCAACGGCCACCACGAACUAUUGGAAGAGCGUGCCGAAGAAUUGGAUAUCUACGAGGAUGGAUACGACCAAGAUGAGGACUCUGAAGGCGAAGGGAUCAAUGGUCUGCCAAUGGAAGGAACGGACUUUGGCGACAAAUCGAGAGCCGACUUUUGGAUACCGCAGGCCACACCCGACGGCCGACUGUUUUACUAUAACAUGAUGACUGGCGAUCGUAGCAUGGAGCUUCCACUCGAGUCGCCCGUCACAACCAACGAAACCGGGCCGCGGGAUCGCAUGAAUGCGCAUAUACCUGAGAAGACUCGCCCGCCCCCUGAGAUGAUGGCACGGGGAAUGACGCAGGACGAGGAUUACGACUCCUCUACCUCGGUAUCGGAAGUUGAAGGCGAUGCUGCUAGGCGGGAGCGCGCCGGCAAGGUCCCACGUGGCUCUGUCAGCAGUGUCCUGUCCCCAUCCACGUCAAUGGACUCGAUCAACGGCAUCCCAUCCGGCCCUCGGACCCGGAAGGGCGCUCACUCGGCCACUCGGCCGCCGGCGCAGACACCGAACAUUGCAUCUGCUACAUCGUUCAUCAGCACGUCAUACAACCAACCAACCACUACCACGGUGCCCAAAUCGUUCUUUGACGAUGGAGCCACCCCUCCACUGACAUGGAGCGUGCUGGUCACGAACAUGAAGCGUGCCAUUGAGCGGUACCGCGAAGCCAUCACCAACGAGAACAGAGCCGAAUACGUUGCUCGCGCGGAGGACAUUUCUGAUCACCUUCGCCUGCUGCUUUCCGCUGGUUCCGGGACCACAGACAACCACUCUGGGCAGCCGUCUAUCAUCUCGACCAACAAGGCACUGUACCCUCACUUUCGUGACAUGAUGUCGAAAUUCUCCAAGCUUGUCAUUUCGUCUCAUAUUGCUGCGGCAGACUGGCCCAAUACCGAGUCUGUACAAAAGUGCCUGCAAGAAGCCGAUGGCGUACUUUUGGGCGUCUUCAGCUACGUCGAAGUCGCCAAACAGCAGCGAGGCGAAGAUAUACCACGACUCUUUCCCGGAUUCGUCAUUGGCAGCGCGGCCGGCGGAAGUUGGAAGAACAAUGGGCUGAGCCUACAGGAUCCCAUCACGGCGGACUUUUUCGAGGACGAGGAGGGCGCCACGGAGCCGAGCAAAAUCCUGGACGGAAAACUGCUCUCCCAAAUGGACGAGCAACGUCGGCUGCUCGCGGCCAGCCUUCGGGAGCUGGACAAGAACUUGGUCGCCCCGGAAAAAACGAUUUCGCCUGUCCGCCAUGAGAUGAUUGGGAACAAUGUGUGCUAUUGUGGUGGUAGGGUCGUGGAUGUGUUCAAGCCUUGGAUAUCCAUGAUCGAGUCCAUCGACCUGUCCGUGCUUGGCAACACUUUCCAGACACCCCAACUCGCCGAGUUUAGCACCAACAAGCAGACCCUAUACGACAAUAUAGCAGACCUUGUGCUCGGUUGCCAGGCUGUGGCAGGUCCAUUGGCCGACGAGUGGGCCGAGGUGCGAGGCGAAGCUCUGGAGAGCAGGAUGGACUAUGUCAGGCAGUGCGCCAGGGCCUUGGAGACCAACUCUACACAUGUCGGGUUUUCUCUGCAGCUACUCCAGGAGCAGGUCCAAAUCAACCUUAAUCAACAUCACAUUGACCCCAGGGGCUGGGACAACCACACAACCCGGAACCACGGCCUCCAGCGCGUCGGGACAAUGCCGGCAGAGCGACCUCAUCACCGCACUGAGUCUAGGGCCGCAGAAAGUCGCCCGCCCCUGCUGAUGACGCAGUCCUUCAGCGAAGGAGACGCGCCGCCAACCAACUUUCGAAAGGGUGACCAGUCCAAGGUCAAGAAGAUCCUGGGCGAGGAUCCUUCGCCGCAGAUGGGACUUGGCCCCACUGAGGAUACCCCUGAGUAUUUACGUCUCGAUUACGAGAACGAGGUCACCUGGGAGUCUAAGGAUGGCAAGGCGACCGUCCGGAGCGGAACGUUGAUGGGACUUGUGGAGCAGUUGACACGCCACGACAAGCUUGACUCGAACUUCAACAAUACCUUCCUCCUGACCUACCGAUCAUUCACAACAGCGCAGGAACUAUUCGAGAUGCUCGUGAAACGGUUUAACACGCAACCUCCCCCAGGACUCUCUCCUUCCGACUUUGAGAUCUGGAGAGACCGCAAGCAGAAGCUCAUUCGCUUCCGUGUUGUCAACAUCCUGAAGAGUUGGUUUGAGAGUUUCUGGAUGGAAGAGUUCAAUGACGAGUCUCGCCAACUCAUCCGGGACGUGUCCGACUUUGCGCAACACACCGUGGCGGCGACGGAGACUCCGGGCUCCGGACCGCUCAAGAUGGUCCUCGAGCAGCGGUUGAGUGGAAAGGAGGCUGGCGCCCGCAAGAUGGUGCAGACACUCAACCAAAACACCCCGCAGCCCAUCAUGCCGAGGAAUAUGAGGAAGCUCAAGCUUCUCGACAUUGAUACUACCGAGUUUGCCCGACAAUUGACCAUUAUAGAGUCGAGACUUUACGGCAAGAUCAAGGCAUCGGAGACCUUGGCCAAGACUUGGAACAAGGACAAGGAGGCUGAGAGGGACAUUGCACCCAACGUCAAGACACUCAUCAUGCAGUCGAACCAGACCACGAAUUGGAUAGCGGAAAUGAUCCUGAACCAGAGCGACGCGCGGAAGCGUGUUGUCGUCAUCAAGUACUUUGUACAAGUCGCUGAUAAAUGUCGAGCUAUGAACAACUACUCGUCGUUGACCGCCAUCAUCUCGGCCUUCAGCACAGCGCCCAUCUCCCGCCUCAAGCGGACGUGGGAGCUUCUGCCUGCGCGGACGGCGGCCACGCUCGAAUCAUUGCGAACGACGAUGGGGAACACGAGGAAUUUUGCCGAGUACAGAGAGCAGAUCCAUGCCGCCAACCCCCCCUGCGUACCCUUCUUCGGCGUGUUCUUGACCGACUUGACCUUUAUCGAAGACGGCAUACCGUCCAUCAUCAAGAAGACCAACCUCAUCAACUUUGCCAAGAGAUCCAAGACGGCAGAGGUCAUCUGGGACAUUCAACAGUACCAGAAUGUAGGGUACUCUCUGCAGCCGGUACCCGAGCUGCAGGACUACAUCUUGAGCAACGUGCAUGUUGCGGGCGAUGUGCAUGAGAUGUACAACAAGAGUCUGCAGAUCGAGCCCCGCGAGCGAGAGGACGAGAAGAUUGUGAGUCAUGGACCGGGUCACGACAAAGAGUCUGUUGGGCAGCUGGGCUUCAGGCGCGCCCGCAUCAUGGGGGGCGGGUCGGCCAGGCUCCCCAACUUGCGUGCCACAUGGCACGCGACCGAUCAAGUGAUAGCGGCCGCCGGAUUCGAGCCUGGCAAAGAGGCCUAG